GGCGGCGGCGAGGCCGCCCAGCUCGCCGCCAUUUUGAGCAGCGGGCUGUGAGCAGCAGCAGCCGCGGCCGGAGCAUCUCUUCUCCUCCCUCUGCCAUCACCAUGUCGCGGGAUCGGUUCCGUAGUCGUGGCGGCGGCGGAGGCGGCUUCCACCGGCGCGGCGGUGGCGGUGGCCGCGGCGGCCCCAACCACGAUUUUCGCUCUCCGCCGCCCGGCAUGGGCAUGGGCCAGAACCGCGGCCCUAUGGGAGGCGGCCCGCAGGGCCCGGGCGGCCCGCCGGGCGGAGGCCCGAAGCCCGAGCCUCCGAAGCCGCCCGCGUCGACAUCUGCUCCGCCUUCCUCGUCCUCUUCAGCUGCCUCCACCACGGCGGGGGCCGCCGGCAGCCAGGCGGGCCCCGGAGCGCCUCCGUCCUCCGCACUGCCCGCGGGGCAGCCGCCGCAGCAGCAGCAGGCCCCGGUGUCGACGCCUUCCUCGACUCCUUCCGGUCCGGGUGGGCAGCCGCAGCCCAAACCGAGCCCCAGCCCCACGCCGGCCGGCGGCCCUAAGAAAGGACAAGGACAGUCGCCCAGCGGCGGGCCCAAGGGACCGGGUGGGCCCCAGCAGGGGCCCGGAGGGCCGCACAAGGGCGGGCCGGGGCACCGCGGCGGGCCGGGCGGAGAGCCGCGGGGCCGCGGGCAGCAGCACCAGGGCCAGCAGAGCCUCUCCUCGCAGCAGGGCUUGGUGGGCGGCGAGAAGCUCUCGGACGAGGGAUUUAAAGCGAACCUCUCUCUUCUGAGGCGGCCUGGGGAGAAGACUUAUACGCAGCGUUGCCGCUUGUUUGUUGGGAAUUUGCCUGCUGAUAUAACAGACGAGGACUUUAAAAGACUGUUCGCCAAAUAUGGGGAGCCAGGAGAGGUUUUUAUCAACAAGGGCAAAGGCUUUGGAUUCAUUAAAUUGGAAUCUAGAGCUCUUGCAGAAAUUGCAAAGGCAGAACUGGAUGAUACCCCCAUGAGGGGUCGACAGCUCCGUGUUCGCUUUGCCACACACGCUGCUGCGCUGUCAGUGCGGAACCUUUCGCCCUAUGUGUCCAACGAGUUGCUGGAAGAAGCUUUUUCCCAGUUCGGUCCGGUGGAAAGAGCUGUUGUGAUUGUAGAUGAUCGAGGUAGAUCAACGGGGAAAGGCAUUGUUGAAUUUGCAUCAAAGCCAGCUGCAAGAAAAGCAUUUGAACGGUGUACUGAAGGAGUGUUUUUGUUGACAACCACUCCUAGGCCAGUUAUUGUGGAACCAUUGGAGCAACUGGAUGAUGAAGAUGGUCUUCCAGAAAAACUUGCUCAGAAGAAUCCAAUGUAUCAAAAGGAAAGAGAGACUCCUCCCCGUUUUGCUCAGCCUGGCAGUUUUGAAUUUGAAUAUUCCCAGAGGUGGAAAUCUUUAGAUGAAAUGGAAAAACAGCAGCGAGAGCAAGUGGCAAAAAACAUGAAAGAUGCCAAAGAUAAACUCGAAAGUGAGAUGGAAGAUGCUUAUCACGAGCAUCAGGCAAACCUCUUGCGUCAAGACCUUAUGAGGCGUCAGGAAGAACUGAGGCGGAUGGAAGAACUCCAUAAUCAAGAAAUGCAGAAACGCAAGGAAAUUCAACUGAGGCAGGAGGAGGAACGGCGCAGGCGGGAAGAGGAAAUGAUGAUUCGUCAGCGGGAGAUGGAAGAACAAAUGAGAAGACAGCGGGAAGAGAAUUACAGUAGAAUGGGUUACAUGGAUCCAAGGGAGAGAGACAUGAGAAUGGGUGGUGCCACCACAAUGAACAUGGGAGAUCCUUAUGCUUCUGCAGCCCAGAAGUUUCCACCUCUCGGAGGUGGAGGCGGCAUAGGUUAUGAAGCUAAUCCAGGAGUUGGCCAAGCAGCCAUGAGUGGUUCUAUGAUGGGAAGUGACAUGCGUCCUGAACGCUUUGGGCAGGGAGGUGCGGGGCCCGUGGGUGGCCAGGGUCCUAGAGGAAUGGGGCCUGGAACACCAACAGGAUAUGGUAGAGGGAGAGAAGAAUAUGAAGGCCCAAACAAAAAGCCCCGAUUUUAGAUGUGACCUGUAGUUUCAUUCCAGUUUGUUUUUGUCUGUCUUGUUUAGACACCAACUUCUUAAUUCUUGCAUUUUAGUAAGAAAGCUACGUUUUUAUGGAUGUUAGAAACUUACUGACCUAAUAUUUGUAAGUGGUCUGUUUGGGCGAGUACAAUUUAAUUAUGUAAUGCAGUGUUUCAAAACAAAUUUAGCUGUUUUUUUGAUGUAUAACGUCCCUAACUUGAUGGCAGUGUACCUUGUGCCACUGAAUUCCCAAAGUGUACCGACUUUUUUUUACUGUGCUUCAAAUAAAUAGAAAACUAAAUGUAGUAACUCUUCUUGCCAUUCGUGGUUAAACAUACGAGGCUAAAAACCACACCUUCCGCAGUAAAGCAAGAGUCUUGAAUAGAGGUCGAUCUCGACCAGGGUGUGGAACUGAAGAGCGAGAUCUCUUCCCGUAAUGCCUCUAGCUAAAGAUUGGGUCAAAUAGUAGCCUGACUUUACAGUAGGUGCAGGUUUUUUGAGCAUUAAUUGUGCUGCAAUAAGGAAGCAAAUGGAAAUCUUGCAAGUGCUGUAAGACGCAAUAACUGAAGCUACGCUGCAAGCAGUGCAGUAUGUAACAAAUUGCAUAUUUUAGCUACGGAUAAUGGGUGGUGGGAUGGUAGCACUUGCCACCUUGGCGGUUACUGCUUGGAAUCUUUUAAAGACUUUAAGCAGAAGACUAGCAAUGGUUAUUUUAAAAUAAAUUCUUAGAUUGACUUGUAUUGGCUGACUUCCUAACUAAAGGAUUGUUAAUGUGAUUUUUACAUGCUCUUCAGCUGAGAUUACAGGAUCUGGCCUUGCUCCGUAUUGUAUACUUACCUGAAAUUGCUUGGCAAAAAGGCCAGAAGUGUUACGUGAGUGAUUAAGGUUAACUUGCUUAUGUCCUCAUGCUAAUUGAGUGGACUAAUUUGCAUAGCUCAGAAUACAUUUAUUUGUACAAUGGAGACUGCAGGAACUAUUCUUGAAUCGUGUAGCUGGUGGGCAAAUCGUAAAAACCUGUAUGUAAAAUACAGAAAUUAGCUUGCUUGCAUGAUGUUUUUUUAUCAUUGAUGUUUGGAGAUAAUGCAUCAAAAGUAGUAUCUGAAUCUGGAGUUUAAUAGUUAAUACUACGCAGUGCAAAUAAACUCCCUUUAAGGUUC